CUGGAGAUCACCAGAUACACUGAGCUCUAAACAGGAGCUAGCUCCUUCUCACAUUACAUAAGCCUGCAGGACUACUGGUUGAUCUCUUCCACUACCCUUCCAUACUAAGUGAUCAACAUGAGAGAUCUGCUUACUACUAGGAAUCAAAAUUGCUGGAAAGAGCUAAUUGAGAAGGAAACAAUCUCACGUGUGACGUGGAAACUAAAUUAUGACAAAGAGCACCCUCCGAAUGAAUUUGCCAUUGUUAGGAAGAGAAGAGAGAUGCCUAUUCCCAAUGCUGGGACACCACUUCCUCCUCUGGUUAAUGUUCCAAAACAUUCCUUAGUGACAAUGUCCCAGGAGAUGGACAAUGAGCAGGCUGACCUUCAGGACUUCAGUGAGAUGAGACCAGUCACUCCUCAGACUCACCAUUUACUCUAUGAUGGCUUCUCCAAGGAGGGCAAAGGCAGGUCAAUGUACCUGAAAAGGCGAAAGGAGUUUGCUCCAGAGUUAAAAUAUCCACAUCCAGUAUUAUCUUCUUGGGAUUACGGUUGGAGACUAGGUAUGUGGUCAGAGGCAAAUUUUAGAAGGCUUUGGUUAAUACAUUCUCUGCAGUUAGGAGUCAUGAAAAAAAUAAUAUAUAAAAACCAACGUUUGUAUUUUACUGCCGCAAUUCUUCACUGGUUUGAUCAAUAGAACCUUUUGCAAGGUUCAUUACAUACGUAACAUUAAUUGAAUUGUAAUAAAAUACUAUUUAUAUGCCUCUAUAACAUCAACACUUUGACAAGGUUAUUCUAUAAGUGUCAGGAAUUCAAUGAGAAUUUUAAAUUAUAUGCCAAAAUAGUAGAGCUGAAAAAUCUUAAUAUUUUUUUCCAAUUUGGCUAUAUAGGCCUACAAUUUAGAAUUUACUUUGAAUCCCCUAAAAUUCAAACGGAAGGGAAUAAACUUGGAUUACUCACUAUACUCUGUAUUAUACCAGUCCAAAUUGCAAAAUAACCAGUCUGUACAAAUUCUCCCAUUUGAUUUCAGUUACUGCUUGGCUAUUUUACCCUCAAUUUUGGCAUCCAGAUUUAAAUAGCAAAAUGUUGAUGUUUAGCGAAUAACCCUGCUUGUGACUGUUGCACAUUAUGUCAUGACUGUUUUUGUUUCAGUAAGUUGCUGUUUGUUUGCUUUCUACAUUAAUAGUUCUUUCUUUUCCUACUGACACUCCAAGGAUUAAUGACAAGUAGGUUGUCAGGUGGGGCAAGUAACAAUGUUGUCCUUAGAACCCUUUAAAAUUAGCAAGUGUGUUGUACAGUAAGGGGAAAAAGUAUUUGAUGCCCUGCUGAUUUAGAAAUAGAAAUGGUCAGUCUAUAAUUUUAAUGGUUGGUGUGUUUUUACCCUGAGAGACAGAAUAACAAAAAACAAAAAAAUCCAGAAAAAUGCAUGUCAAAAAAGUUAUAAAUUGAUGUGCCUGUCAAUGAGUGAAAGAAGUAUUUGACCCCCUUCGACUUAUUACUUGGUGACAAAACCCUUGUUGGCAAUCACAGAGGUCAGAUGUUUCUUCUAGUUGGCCACCAGGUUUGCACACAUCUAAGAAGGGAUUUUGCCCCACUCCUCUUUUCAGAUCCUCUCCAAGUCAUUAAGAUUUCGAGGAUGACGUUUGGCAACUCGAACCUUCUGCUCCCUCCACAGAUUUUCUAUGGGAUUAAGGUCUGGAGACUGGCUAGGCCACUCCAGGACCUUAAUGUACUUCUUCUUGAGCCACUCCCUUGUUGCCUUGGCUGUGUGUUUUGGGUCAUGUUCAUGCUGCAAUACCCAUCCACAACCUAUUUUCAAUGCCCUGGCUGAGGGAAGGAGGUUCUCACCCAAGAUUUGACGGUACAUGGGCAUCCAUUGUCCCUUUGAUGUGGUGCAUUUGUCCUGCCAGCAUAAUGUUUCCACCUUCCAUGUUUGAUGGUGUUCUUGGGGUCAUAGGCAGCAUUCCUCCUCCUCCAAACACGGCGAGUUGAGUUGAUGCCAAAGAGCUUGAUUUUGGUCUCUUGUGACCACAACACUUUCACCCAGUUCUCCUCUGUUCAUUGGCAAACUUCAGACGGCCCUGCACAUGGGAAAGUUCAUUGGCAAACUUCAGACGGCCCUGUACAUGUGCUUUCUUGAGCAGGGGGACUUUGCAGGCGCUGCAGGAUUUCAGUGUGUGUUACCAAUUGUUUUUUUGGUGACUAUGGCCCCAACUGCCUUGAGAUCAUUAACAAGAUGCUCCAGUGUAGUUCUGGGCUGCUUCCUCACCGUUGAUGGUCAUUGAGGUGAGAUCUUGCAUGGAGCACCAGACCAAGGGAGACUGACCGUUAUUUUGUGUUUCUGCUAUUUGCGAAUAAUCGCACCAACUGUUGUCACCUGCUCACCAAGCUGCUUGGCAAUGGUCUUGUAGCCCAUUCCAGCCUUGUGUAGGUCUACAAUCUUGUCCCUGACAUCCUUGGACAACUGUUUGGUCUUGGCCAUGGUGGAGAGUUUUGAAUCUGAUUGAUUGCUUCUGUGGACAGGUGUCUUUUAUACAGGUAACAAACUGAGAUUAGGAGCACUCACUUUAAGAGAGUGCUCGUAAUCUCAGCUUGUUACCUGAAUAAAAGACUCCUAGGAGCCAGAAAUCUUGCUGAAUGGUAGGGGAUCAAACACUUAUUUCAGUCAUUCACAUGCAAAUCAAUUUUUUUUGUUAUUCUGUCUCUCACUGUUAACAUGCACCUACCAUUAAAAUCAUAGACUGAUCAUAUCGUUUUCAGUGGUCAAACAUUCAAAAUCAGCAGGGGAUCAAAUACUUCCCCCCCCCCCUCAGGGCCGGUGCUAGGAUUUUUGACUACACAGGCGAAGAUGCAUUUUGACGCCCCCCCCCAAAAAAAAUAAAUAAACAAUGCAUCUUCACCUCUGUGUCUCGUAGCCCCCUUUUGAAUUUCUUACCCCCAUUAGUGUUGCAUAUCCACUCUCUUGAAUGUCUUACCCCUUUGGCCCCUUUGUGCCUUACACCCCCCUUUAGUGUGUCUCCUACAACCCCUAUUAUGUAUUUCUUACUUGCCAGCCCCUAUCUAUCUCUCUUUUUCUCCCACAUAGACAUAGAUACAGGCUAAAAUACAUACAUGCACAAAUACACAAACAUACAGACACACAACCAUACAAGCACACAGACAUAAUUUUUCAGGCACACAGUCACAAAGAUAUACAGACACACAGUCAUAAAAGGCACACAAACAAACACAGUCAUACAAUCUACACAUACAGGUACAUUGUCGUACAAACACAGACAUACAUUCAUACAGACACAGGCAUUCACAGAAAUACAUACACAGACAUAAAGAAACAGAGAUAGGCAUACAGAGACAUACAUACACAGACAAACAAAGAACCCUGCACACUGACACCGUGUAAAUGCUCCGGCCAUCAACAGAGGUGGAUGCUCCAUGUCAGGCAGACAUUGCUGGAUCCACCAGUAAAGUCUUCAAAAGGAAUAAACGCAGGCAACACUCCAAUAGUAAGGAUGGUAUAUUUAUUGGUAGGUGAACCACCCCAUAGAAAGUGUGAUGUUUCAGCUCAUGCAAUAAGGCUCUGCUGAGCCGAAACGACGCACUUUCUUUGGGGUGGUUCACCUAUCAAUAAAUAUACCAUCCUUACUAUUGGAGUGUUGCCUGCGUUUAUUCCUUUUGAAUACAUUUACACAGUCAUACAGAGACAUACAUACUGUAUGUCUCUGUAUGACGGUCUGUGUAUGUACACAGGAUAGCUAAAAGAUAGAUCCCCAUCUGUCGUGCAACUUCAACAAUGCUUUGAAAGCUGGGGCUCUACCGAUUCCCCAUUCUUGCAGGAUUGUAUUUAGCAUGGAGCAGUAUUUGUGUGUUUGACUGUAAGCAUGUGUUUGUAUGGAGUAUGUUUGUAUGAUUGUAGCGGUGUGUUUGUAUGUAGUGUUUGCAUUUGAAUGCAAGCAUGCAUUUAUGUGUAGUGUUGGUUUUUGAACGCAGGUGUGUGUUUAUAUAUAAUUUUGGUGUCUGAUACAGAGGUGUGUUUGUAUGUAGUGUUGACAUUUGAAUGCAGGGGUGUGUUUGUAUGUAGUGUUGACGUUUGCAUGUAGGUGUUUAUUUGUGUGUAGUGUUGUGUUUGAAUGCUGAGAUAUAUGCACAUAUACACAUACACUGCCACACACGCACACACUGUGAUACACAUACACAAAGAUACACACACUGACACAUGCAGAUAUACAUAUACACAAACUGAUACACAUUCAGAUAGACACACAGGUACACACAAACACUGACAGACAUACAGAUAAACACACAGUGACAUACAGACACACAUACACAAUGAUAGGGAAGAAGACACACAAAGACACACUAACAGACAGACACACACACUAACAGACAUUUAGAUACACACAGACACAUGGACAGAGACAUAUACAUACACACACUGACAGACAUGGAUGCACACACACACACUGACAGACAUAGAUACACACACACACACACUGACAGACAUACACACACACACACUGACAGAGAUAGAUACACACACACACUGACAGACAUACACACACACACUGACAGACAUAGAUACACACACACACUGACAGACAUACACACACACACACUGACAGACAUAGAUACACACACACACACACUGACAGACAUACACACACACACUGGUGACCUUAGAUACACACACACACACACGCACACUGACAGACCUUCUUACACACACACACACACACUGACAGACAUAGAUACGCACACACACGCAGCAGACGACAGACAUAGAUACACGCAGACACACUGACAGACAUACACACACACACACUGACAGACAUAUACACACACACACACACUGACAGACAGACAUAGAUACACACACACACACACACUGACAGACAUACACACACACACACACACUGACAGACAUACACACACACACACACUGACAGACAUAGAUACACACAGACACACUGACCAACAGGUUCAGAAGGGGGGCUUACCUGGGAUCCAAAGUGCUGCCUAAGGUAGUUGGGAGUUGGAGGAGCUGGUCCUGCCCAGCCCCCCUCCUCUCUGCCUUCUGCUGCUCUAGUCUUCUUGGGAGGACUUCCUCCCAUGCUGAAUAGAAGGGGGCCCGUAGCUCCGCCCCUGCUGGGCACCAGCCGCGCUGUGUGCUACAGUGGGAGCAGGGAUAUGACGUUCAUAUCCCCGCCCCCUCCACACAGUCCGCGGCACUGCAGGUUGGCGCUCGGCCACGCUACAAGAAGUGACCGGCAGGAGAGGGGCGCUGUGCGCUUCCCUCCUGCCGGUCACCUGGACAUUUGCGCCCCCGGGCCGGUGCGCCCUAAGGCGGCCGCCUGUGCCGCCUUAUGGACGCGCCGGCCCUGCCCCCCCUCACUGUAGGUACUCUAUGUGCCCCCCAAAUUAUAGGAAAGGUUGUAUUUUAUGUUCAGAAAUAGAAUUUGGCAAAAAAAAUUAUCCAAAAACAUUACAGAGGUGUGAACCUAUUUUUUGUUGACUGCCCCAUUAUUUGUAAUCAAUUACAGGGGCUAGCUAAGGCUACAUGGUUCUCUAAACCACAUGGGCAUGGGAUUGUGGGGAUAUCCAGUUAUUUAAGUAUUUAACAGGAUUAUUAAGUAUGGUGAGAACCCAAUGUGAAUUUGAAGAGGAUGGUACUUUUCAGGGCAAAGUAACCAACCUGGAAGUAUAGUUGACUUAGAGAAUUUUUUUAAUUGUAGGGACGCUCUGGUCACCAUAACAACUUCAACUCUAUUAAGUUGUUAUGGUGGCAGGAGGCCCCCAGACGCACUCCUACCUUAAUGAGUUAAACUGCUAUCAAACGGUUUAUCCCGCAAAGUGUGCCUGCAGAGGUGAUCCGCAGGUCCCCAAGGCGACAUCUGAAUCUCAGUUUCAGGACAUGGGUGCCGCUGUUUGGCCUAGAACAGUCAGCUGAUACUCUAAGCAAUUCAGCUGCUUCCCACUGAUAAAACAAAGGGUAUGUUUCUAAUUUUGCAUGAUCCUGUACCACUUGUAUCUAAGUAAUAACAAUUUGAGGUUCUUCACUAGUUAGAGUUAAGGACAACUGACUCUCAAUUCUCCAAAUCAAUUAUUCUUCCAUCCUCCUAAAAUUAGCAAAUCCCUUGUUUAUCCUUGACAAUUACCAGUAUAAGAUUAAUUUAACAUUUUAAGUAAACAGUCCAUGCUGGUUCUAGGACCGGUGUGAUAGUCAAUUCAUUCUCUUAGAAUUUUCACAAUGUACACUGUCUUUUUCAGAUGAUAUCGUAAAGGAAUUUAGGGUUCCAAUCCAUGGGAGAUCCAAGAUCGUCAGAGACACGUUCUACAGCCGAAAUGGAAUUCUUCAAGAACCAUCUUACACUGACAGGAUGCUCAGAUAGUUUCUUCAUAUAACUAGACAUGUCAUUUCUUUCUACUGCAGAGUUUGAAAAUUAUCCUUCCCAUAAGAAUCAACUGGAUGAGUGACUGGGGGAGAGAGUCCAUAACUGUCAAACCUCUAAAUAUUAACACUACUCUAUACUGUGCUUUAUAAUAUAUCUUUGUUACUGACUUGAUGCCAGAACACAAUGCUGAACUAAGGUAAACAAAGUUUAGCAGCGAAAAGGCCUUGUCUUAAAUCUGUUCUGUGUUCAAAGCCUAUAAUUAAAUGACCUUGUAAAUACUAAUCUGCAGC